AUACCUUUUCUUACUGAGAUCAUAGGCUUCUGGGUAAUCGGACGCGGCCAUUCGUGCGUAUACACUCCCCUUCGUGCACUACUUCAGCGCUGUGAUUUGGGACGCGGCCCGGUUGAUGGUGUGUCACCCAAAGAACGCCGAGCCUCGCGGAAGCAGCUUGAUGUUUCCGCCUUGUACCGCGACGCCGCUUACAUCGAAAUGACGGCGACUUUGCGUCCCUACCUAAAUGCAGUGCGUGCUACGCUACAGGCAGCUCUCUGUCUGGAGAACUUCUCUUCGCAAGUGGUUGAGCGCCACAACAAACCUGAGGUUGAAGUAAGGAGCAGUAAGGAAUUAUUGCUUCAGCCUGUUGUGAUUAGCAGGAAUGACAAAGAGAAGGUCCUUAUUGAGGGUUCCAUCAACUCUGUGCGUGUCAGCAUUGCAGUGAAGCAGGCUGAUGAGAUUGAGAAGAUUCUGUGCCAUAAGUUCAUGCGCUUCAUGAUGAUGAGAGCAGAGAACUUUUUCAUUCUGCGGAGGAAACCUGUAGAGGGCUAUGAUAUCAGUUUUCUCAUCACUAACUUCCACACAGAGCAGAUGUAUAAGCACAAGUUGGUGGAUUUUGUCAUUCAUUUCAUGGAAGAGAUUGACAAAGAAAUUAGCGAGAUGAAACUCUCAGUUAAUGCAAGGGCACGAAUAGUCGCUGAAGAGUUCCUCAAGAACUUUUAAGGAAGUGGCCCUGGAUCCUCAGCAAAGUGCAAGACUCACUCCACCACAAUCAACAGAAAUGUGGCUGAAGGUUUUGGGCCCAGAGAGAGAAGUGAGCGAGAGAGCCAAUCAGCAUGGAGCACCACAAAAGGGGACCAACUGAAUGGAGGGGGUGUGCCCUUUGCCACAGGACUGAAUUCAGAGUAUUGCAGUGAAACAAAGAGCACGGAUGGAAUUUAAUGACAGCACUCUGAUCUCUCUCUGUACUGCACAACUCUGACUCUGCUUUUCAUCUGCAGUUUUUUUUUCUUUCAUGGGCAUUAUGUGCAUUCAUAUUGCUAAUUUUUACUCUUAUUUUGAUUUGUUCUCUACAGCAUUCCUGCGCCCACUGCUACUUCUUUUCAUUAUUCUGUUGCUGUAGCAAAGUGCUCAUAGUGUUGCAAUAUUUUGAAUUCACCUCACCUUUCCUCCAUGCUCAUGAAUAUUAAAUAUUAUACACAAAGCUGAUAUGCAUAAACACGUUUUACCUCUAGCCUUGGAAUAUUCCGUAACUUGCAGGCAGGUUUUUUUGAAAAAAAAAAAAAAAAGUCAGCAUUCAUGAGCAUAAAGGAAAGUAUGCUGAUAUUCCAAUAAUGUAAACAGUUUCUUCUUUUUAAAAAAUAAAUAUAAAUAUGUAAACUGUGUGCAUAAUGCCAUUUGUUAUGUUUAAGUUUAGAUAUAGAGCUUCACACUGGUGCACAAAAACCACACAGACCUUAUUACCGCUGGACACGAUUGUCAAAUAUGAUUAAAUAAAUCUUUUCAUUGAUUGUA